AUGGUUUUCACGAGUGUAGAACGUAAUCUGGAGUGUAACGGCCCUCUAGAGAGGUCAGGAUGGCGCAUUUGGCUGGUCCUCUGCCUGCCUACCUUUUACUACGUGCAAAUGUGGCUACGUGACGACUUCACGAAAAACAUGAACAUCGACGAUCACAUUUUAAUGGAAAACUUUGAUGACAAAGUGAAUUCAUGGAACGUGGCUAAUUUAACGACUGUUGCUCGUAGUAAUAAUAGCGAUCAAAGUCUAACAGGAUUAAAGGUUUGGUUAAUGGACUCGAUUGGAGCAAAACCAGGAGAUACAAAGAUAGUUCCACAUUUGAAUAUUUCGCAUGACGAUGUGAAACCAACGAAUUUGUACCCCAAGCUGAAAGUAGGCGGGUAUUUUGCACCGGAGGAGUGCCAGGCAAGGCAUUACGUCGCUGUCAUUGUCCCUUACAGGGGUCGACACGACAAUUUGAAGAUAUUCCUGUACAACAUCCACCCAUUUUUAAUGGCUCAAAAGCUUCAAUAUCAAAUUUUUAUCAUUGAACAGUACGGCAACGCUUCAUUUAACAUGGGACGACUGUACAACGCUGGGUACAGAGAGAUACAAGAAUACGGCAAGUGGAAAUGCGUAGUAUUUCAUGAUGUAGAUUUAUUACCGACAGAUCGGAGGAUCUUGUACACUUGUCCUACGUACCCCAGACAUAUGUGUGCUGGUACGCUUCAUGAUCCAACCUACCGUCCUUUGUUUGGCGGUGUAGUAGCGAUGACUCCAGAACAUUAUGAAAAAGCUAACGGGUAUUCCAAUCUGUUCUGGGGCCGGGGAGGCGAAGACGAUGAUAUGUUUUGGAGGUUACGCUUUACUGGUACUACGGUGGUGAGAUACGACAAAAGGAUAGCCAAGUACUGGUCGUUGCCGCACAACUCGGAACCCAAAAACGAACGCAGAUUCGAAAUCCUUAAAACGAUAAGAGAUCGGUGGAAACACGAAGGUCUCUCAAGUGUCAAAUACAGACUAAUGGGCACGACAUUUAGACACCUGUUCACGCACAUUGUUGUCGACAUCAACCCUUUUGGAGAUACGUAUUGA